UUCCUGUUCCUCUCGUUCAGGCAGCAGCAAGAAGCAGAGUGUGAUUGGUCAGCAGAGUGAAAACAAUGGAUGCCAAAUUUCAGCGUGUGGCAUUAAAUGACGGACACUCCAUUCCUGUGCUGGGACUGGGCACCUAUGCACCUGAUGAGGUUCCUAAGAGUAAGGCUACAGAGGCUACCAAAAUAGCUAUAGAUGUUGGCUUCCGCCACAUUGAUGCUGCUUAUCUGUACCAAAAUGAAGAGGAAGUUGGUCUGGCCAUCCGCAGCAAGAUCGCAGAUGGCACCGUGAAGAGGGAAGACAUAUUCUACACCUCCAAGCUUUGGUGCACUUUCCUUCGACCAGAGCUGGUCCGACCAAGCUUGGAAAAAUCACUGAAAAAACUUCAACUGGACUAUGUUGAUCUCUAUAUUAUUCAUUUCCCAGCAGCUCUGAAGGUAGGAAAUUAUCAUCAUCAAAUUUGCUUCCCUUUUGCUGUCAGCAUGACCCUAAAUUUUAAAGACAAGUAAGUGAUAUUGAUAAACUUAUUAAUUUAUGAAAAUGAUA